AAAAAAGUGACGUCGUGCACGCUCUCAGCCAAUAGCGAGUCGAGAACGAGGCACGCGGACAGAAUCCGAAGUUGAUUCCGUGCGCUUGUUGAUUUUGUUCAUGUAUUGUUUAGUUAAAUACGGUGAAGACAGCGUCUAAUGGAGGCUGUGCUGAGACAGCUGACCAACAUACUGGAGUUACUGGCCGUGUCUCAGACGGACCGCGUGAGGGAAUGGGACCGUCACACCGCGCACCGGGCGUUUCAGUGGGCUGAGUACUGCGAGCAGCUGCACUCCCGCUUCCAGUCCAACCCUGCGGUCCGCUCCGCGCUGGAGUCCGGUCUGAAUGACACCAACCAGCGCCUGCAGCAAGCUCUGCCGUCGUACUCUCCAGUCAUGUUCUCUGAACUGGCUCAGUGUCAGCACAUGCUGCUCAUUCAUUUACUCAGAAACCCUUCCGCGCCGAACUCCGUUAUCCGAAUGCUUUUUGCUGCACAGGAAUCCCCGUUUGAUCAGAACAGCCUCAUUACGUGUAAAUCAGCUUUUAAUCUGUUGUGCCGCACGCCGGACAGGACUAGUUCUGCUGGGUUACAGGUUGAAGCAGUGGUCAGAGGCACACUGCUCGGGCAGCUCUUGAGCUCUGUACUGAGUCGCUCUGGUAAUGAUGAGUAUGCGAGAACACUGCUGGAUUCCAUCCUUCACGACAGCGCGGGAAAACCGGAAAGCCUUUAUGACGUCAUAGCAGCUGCGCUCCUCUCCCCUGAUGACGAAACGAGCUCCGUCACUCAGCGCUGUGUCCUCGCCUGGCUGCAGGAGCACGAGGGGUGUUUGACCAAACUGUGCACAUCUCUCUCCCCCGGGCUUUGUACCGUCCUCUCCCGACAGUCUAGCGAGUUUAAACAGGCAUAUUGGGGUGUUUUGAAACAGUGGGCGUCCUGCUUGGAGUUUGACGUCUUGGAGAGUCUAUGGGUGCCGACAUCAGAUGAGCCUGUCACCUUUCUAAUACUGACCGAUCGAUUCAAAGAUUUAUUAGAUUCAGGGCCACCAUUAAAAGAGGAGACAGAAACUGAACUCAGAACACUCAAACGAGAAGCUGGAGACUUCAGUAAUUGGGAAAAACACACAGAAGGAAAAAGCACCCUCUGCUUCAGUCUCCCGGCAGACAGGGGGCGACAGUGCUCUUUACACCAUCAGCCGUGUACUUUAUUUGAGGGCUACUUGUGGUAUUUUAUUUACAGCUGAAUAAUUAAUAAAGUUCUUAAACAGUGUUACUGUUAUCAU